AUGCCGGGAGAAGACCUUGCUGCCUGUCUCCUCCCUUCUCUGGGGUUUGCUGCCUGGCCUGAAGAGCAGAGAGAACAGCAGCAGCAGCAGCAGCAGCAGCAGCAGCAACAGCAGCAGCAGCAGCUCUCUUCGGAAAUAGAAAACAAAAGAGAACAGCAGCAGCAGCAGCAGCAGCAGCAGCAGCAACAGCAGCAGCAGCAGCAGCAGCAGGAGACGGAUGCUGGGGCCUCACGCCUCUCUCUUCUUGAUAGAGAACAAGAGAAGCAGCAGGAGCAGCAAGACACCGCUGUGUCGCAGCGGCUGCUGCUGCAGCUACGAGCGCAGCAGGCAUAUGAACUUGCUGCAGCAAAACAAAAAAGUCAGCAGCAGCAGCAGCAGCAGCAGCUGCAGCAGCAAACAGAAUCCACGCAAACAACAGACAGCAGCACGAACGCCUCUCUGUCUUCAUGGGGUGCCCCUACCGGCCUUAGCAGCAGCAGCAGCAGCAGCAGGAGCAACGACUGCAGCAACAGCAGCAACACCAACAGCAACACCAUUAACAGCAGCAGCAGCAGCAGCAACAGCAGCAGCAGCAGCAGCAGCAGCAGCAGCAGCAGCCAAAGAGAGAACUGGCACACUCUAGCAGCUGAAUAA